AUCCCAAAAUCCCGAAAAUCCCCCAGGGUGGGAGAUGCACGCCCGGCUCUGCUCCGGGAAAUCCGGGUUCUGAGCCCGGAAACCUCCCUGGGAUCCCAAAAACCUGAAAAUCCUGCUGAAAAAAAUGAAAAUCCGACUGAAAGACCUCCCUGGGAUCCUGAAAAGCUCGAUAAUCCUGCUGGGAACGCACCCUGGAUUUCCUGGGAAACAGCAGAAAUUCCUGUAAGAGAGCAGAUAUCCCGGCGGUUUCCUGGAGAACAGAGGGAUUUUAAGGAAAAAAAGCGGGAUGUGACUGUAGAGCAGCGGCGUUCCCAAGGAUCGAGGAGGAACCCAGCAGAAUUCCCAGGAAUUUCCAGGAAAAUUGUGACUUUUUUUCUGAGGGAAAAGAGCAGAAUUCCAAGGAAAACCGGGACUCGCCAUCAGAGGCGCUUAUUAGCUCCGACAGCGCUAAUUAACCACUAACUCGUGCCUAAUUAACCCCACUAGGGACACCUUUGUGGCCAGCACGGACGUAUUUAUUGCAAUUAACCCAUUUGGGCCGUUUUUAACCCGAUUCGCUCCGUUUGGUUGUGCCUGACCGCGAGGCCAUUAAAAACCAGCGACUGUGCCUCGUGCUGUGCUGCGGGGCUCGGGGGGAAAAAGGGAGGGCGGGUUUGUGUGGGGGUGAAGCGGGAGAAGGGCGGCGAGGCAGCCGCGCUCCGCCGGGCAGCGCCGCCACGCAAGGCCGAGGCUUCACUAGGCCGCGCUAGGCCGCGCGUUGCUGAGCAACGCGCCGCGCUCUGACGCAACUUCCUAUGCUAGACCCACGGUCGCUUAGCAACGCGUCGCGCUGCUGACGUCACUUCCCCGUUCUUCUUCCCCCUCGGCGCCGCCAUCAUGGCGGCCGUGUCGGUGUUCCCGACCCCGGGCGAGCUCGGCGCGGCCCUGGCGCGGAUGGUGGCGGAGGCGGCGGCCGAGGCGGUGGCGAGCGGCGGCCGCUUCACGCUGGGGCUGUCCGGGGGCUCGCUGGUGCCGCUGCUGGCGCGGGAGCUGCCGCCCGCCCUCAGCGCGACCCCCGGCUCCGACCCGUCGCGCUGGCUCGUGGCGUUCUGCGACGAGCGCCUGGUGCCGCUCGAGCACCCCGAGAGCACCGGCGGCGCCUACCGGGCCCAGCUGCUCUCCCAGUUUGCCCCCCCCGGCCCCCAGGUGCUCUGGGUCAGCCCCGAGCUGGGCCCGGCCGAGGCCGCCCGCGACUACGAGGAGCAGCUGAGGAAGGCGUUCCCGGGCGAGGAGCCUCCGCGGUUUGACCUGCUGCUGCUGGGGGUGGGGCCGGACGGGCACACCUGCUCGCUGUUCCCGGGCCACGCCCUGCUCCAGGAGCAGCGUUCCCUGGUGUCGUUCCUGGAGGACUCUCCCAAGCCUCCUCCCCGGCGGGUGACGAUGACGCUGCCGCUGCUCAACGCGGCGCGCGCCCUGCUGCUGGUGGCCAGCGGCGCCGCCAAGGCCCCCGUCCUCAAGCGGCUGCUGGAGCAGCAGGAGCAGCCCCCGCUGCCGGCCGCCCGGCUCCGGCCGCGCUCGGGGCGCCUGCGCUGGAUCCUGGACCGGGAGGCGGCGGCCGAGCUGCGCCUCCCCCCGGAGGAACCUUCCGGAAACUGAGGGACAUUCCCGGGAAAACGGCCCCGGAGCCGAAGAAUUCCUGGGGAAAAGGGGGAAAAAUGGGCUGGGAAUGGAGGAAUUUGUGGGGAAAUGUUCUCAAAAUGGAGGAAUUCCAUGAGAAAUGUCCUUAAAAUGGAGGAAUUCCAUGAGAAAUGUCCUUAAAAUGGAGGAAUUCCAUGAGAAAUGUCCUUAAAAUGGAGGAAUUCCAUGGGAAAAUGGGGAAAAAUGUCCUUGAAAUGGAGGAAUUCCAUGGAAAAAGAUUCUUAUAAUGGAGAAAUUCCAUAGAAAAAUGUCCUUAAAAUGGAAGAAUUCCAUAGAAAAACGGAAAAAUGUCCUAAAAAUUGAGGAAUUCCAUGGAAAAAUGUUCUCAAAAUGGAGGAAUUCCUGGAAAAUGCCCUUAAAAUGGAGGAAUUCCAUGGAAAAAUUGAAAAAUGUCCUUGAAAUGGAGGAAUUCCAUGGAAAAAUGGGCUGGGAAUUCCUCAAUUCCCAGGAAAAAUGGCCCUGGAAGUGAAAACUCCCAUGGGAAAUGAAUUAUUUCUCAUUUUAGGGCUGGAAUUCCUGGGGAAAAUGUCCUGGGAAUGGAGGAAUUCCUGGGAAAAAUGUCCUUAAAAUGGAGGAAUUCCAUGGAAAAAUGGAAAAAUGUCCUAAAAAUGGAGGAAUUCCAUGGAAAAAUG